GUAGGAGGACAUCAGUUGUGCAUGAGAGACGUUUUUUUAGCACAAUGAUCGGAAGACUGGCAGCUUUGAUUCUUCUUAGUUCAUUGAUUCUGACUCUAACUGCAGAGGUUCCUCAGAAGAUCUCUUUGACUGUGAUUGAAGCUGGUGGAAAUGUAGCUUUCAAGUGUCCGGUCUCUGAGAAGGAAGGAAAAUUCUUCCACUGGUAUAAGCAGCCUCUUGGAUAUAUGGUGCAAACAGUUGCUACGGGAAGUUAUACCAAACAAACACUGACUGCACAAUUUAAAAACCAGCGCUUCCAAGUCACAGAGGGGGGAGCUCAUCAGAUACUCUCUAUUAGAAAUGUCAGCAAAGACGAUGAGGCAACAUACUUCUGUCAAAAUGGAACAGCAUAUUCUCAGAAUUUUGUAAACGGGAUCUUCUUGGCCGUGAAAGAUUUUAAUCACGAGAAAUCCAUCAUCGUGGAACAAACUCCAGAGACAUCAUCAGUCCAGGAAGGACACGCUGCGAUUUUCAAAUGUUCACUUCCCCUCUCGAACAGUGAAAACAGGCUCCAAUGUCCAGGUGAAGACAGCGUGUACUGGUUCAGAGCUGGAUCAGGAGAAUCCCACCCAGGUUUUAUUUACACUCACAAUAACAGGAGUUUUACACAAGGGGCGAGAAGCUGUGUCUACAGUCUGUCUAAAACUAUCCAGAACUCCUCUGAUGCUGGGACCUACUACUGCGCUGUGGUCACAUGUGGAGAAAUCCUGUUAGGUGGAGGAACUACGGUGGAAACAAGAUCAGAGCUGUAUCCAGUAGUCAUUGUACUCGUAGUGCUGUUGGCCUGCUGCGCGAUUCUGAAUGUCGUCCUUCUUUGCCAUGCAAAACGUAGCAGAGCUUGUGAACAUUGCAAAGGGGGUAAAAGGAGCACAUCUCAUUAUCUUGGACAUGACGAAUCAACAGUGGAGCACUCAACUAACCUGGAUGGGGACACAGAGGCAGAAAACUAUGCAGCACUGAAUUUCUCCGCAAGAAAAGUCAGGAGUGGGAAGGAAAAAAAAGUGUCUCCACAAGAAUGUGUGUACUCGGCUGUGAGGGCGGACUACCAGCCCUCAUCACCCAUCUCUAUAGCAGGAGCUGUCCCUAACUAUGGCAACUGAGUAGGUCAAUAAAAAUAUCAUUAUUAUAUAGUUUUAAUACAUUGUGAUUCUGAGUAAUGAAGUAAUAAUAUUCUACUAAUAUAUGCUUAUGCACUUACCCUGCAACAGUGUUUACAAGCAUUAAAUGUUUCUGCAUGGGAAUGGUCAAUGCUGUCCCUGAUGGUUUUGCUUGCAUUUGUAGGCUAUCAAAAUGCAUCAAUGAUAAUUUCAGCCUGUUUCAUAACUGGUUAAAUACUCCUUGUAUGAGCUUUAAGAAUUUAAAAGUGAUAAAUAUCUGCUGACCUCCAUGGAAGGAGACCCGCCUUAAGUGCAUAUAAAAGUGAACAAGUAAACAAAAACCACCAACAUAAAUUAAACACAACACAUUGUUUUAUUUUCAUCUGAAAAGUGUAUAACCUAACAGCAAAAUAUCAAUUCAACAUGUACAAUUAAGAUUGUGCACCAGCCACUUGCAUUGACAACCUUAAGCUUCAUACGAACAAUGCAAGCUAUAACAUGUGUUACUUAAAGAGGUGGUAUUAUUGCUUUUUCAUAUUUUACAAACAAAUAUUGGGGUGCCAGUGGCCUAGCGGUCUAAGCACGCCCCAUAUACAGAGGCUAAAAUCCUUGUCGCAGAGGUUGCUGGCUCGACUCCCGGCAAUGACUUCUUGCUGCAUGUCUUCCCCCACUCUCUACUCCCUACAUUUCCUUUUUCUCUUCAGAUGUUCCAUCAAUAAAAAGGCGAAAACGCCCCAAAAAAUUCAAAUUGUGAGGCGAGCAUGUUUUGAAGCAUACUGCAUACUGCUCUGAAAGGCUUGUUCGGUAAGUCACAUGAGAAUUCAGUGAUAUCAACAAGAGAUUUGCUCAAAUCGUGACAUCACCAGCUGGUGAAUGUCCUUGAAAGGGAACAUUUUUUAUUUUCAAAUGAGAGACCAUACUUUGUUGCUUGGCAAUAUGGGAGGAGGCUUCAGGAGUGCUGGAUUCUGGAGUGUUGGGGGGGACCUCAAAGAGCUAAAAUGAAGCAUUUCAGUCAGAGGCUUAAUUUGGGGUUUCCAAAGACACCAACUUUAGAUAUGAAAAUCAUUUUCUAGCCGUAAAUUAUUUCAGCUCAAUGCAAAGCUAUCUGAAGGAAAUAUACCCAGCAUCAUAUGCCCUCGUUGAGGAUGUCUGACAGAAGACUUGACAGCAGCUCAGAUUCUCUUUCCAUCUGCUGAGUAUUCAUCCCUUGUUCCACCACUGCUGGUUUUAACCAUGGUAAAGAUGACAGCAGAAUAAAACCCUGGAUCUUCAUCUCUCUGCAGAAAUGUUAAUAAAUUAUGAGGGAUGACAAAUACCAAAAAGAAUGCAUCAUAACCAUUCUAAUAAGGUGGUCUUACCUUUGAAGUCCUUUCUGCAACAUUUUCUUGCAGGGCAACAGCCGCUGCAACAGAUAAUAAUAACAGGAAAAAGAUAUAAAGAUCAAAUCAAAAGAUAAAGAUAUAUGGAUACAAUAGGUUUAAAAUCAAAGAUAUUCUCUAACAAUAACAGAAUAAUUGCCAGCUACAGGUUGUGUGAUAUAUUGAGGUUACCAGUAUUACCUUUAUCAUUGCAAUAAUCACAUUUGUGAAUGGCCAAUAAAACCAUGCUUGUAACCAAGACCACAAAUGACACAAGCAGAAUUAUACUGAUUUGGGAAGAAGGCGAAGAGCCGGUUACUAGAAAAUAAAAAGAAACACAAACACAAUUAGUAAAAGCUCAAAACACUUUUCUAACCCAAUGGGUUUAUUUAUUUACCUUCAUGUUUUCCUAGACAGAUAAUUGUUUGUUCAUUUUUGCCAUCAAGACUAGUGAUAGUAAAUUCUUUCACAUUGCCAUGUCGCUUCAGAGUGUUCUCGCGCAUCUCAAGUCAUGGGGGAGAAAAACAGAUGAUGCUUAAUCCGCAAACAGAAUACAAUCGGAAUGAGUGUAUACAUGGAUGUUUAAUCAGAAAACAAAAUGAAUGUACUGCACCCUGAUUAAAUUCCAAUCCUGCAUAAAUACUUAUCAAGUUGGAUCGGUGCAUCUCUAGCCUAAAACAGCCACUGCUGUGUCAGUGUCAUUGAGGUGAUUGAUUGCAUGCUGCAGAAACAGACAUAUUUUGGUAUUUUCCUAAAAAAAAUAUUCUUACUGAGUGAUAUAUUUGACUGUUAAAACAAAGAGGGUGGUUAACUUUUGUCAGGAAAUACUACUCAUGCAUUUUAACGUAAAAAACAGCAGAUAUAUGCUUGGUACUGCUUUGUCCAAAGGGGCACCUAACUUGAUAAAAAUCUAAAUUUUGGUUGCUGUCAAAGCUUGGGAAAAUAAGAUAUAAUGAUUACGAUCAGUGUGAGUCUAUUUAUAUCUGGCAGCUAUUUAGAUCAAUUCUAGUCUUUGGUAUUAGAGACAAAUGUUUGAGUUUCAGUCGUAUUUUAGUCAAUUUGGCCCUUUAAAGUUCUUGUCCAGUUUUUGUCAAUAAAAAGUUAUUCCGUUCUAGUAAUUACUUUUAGUCAAAAUGUUUCUCUCUUUAAAUUAAUGCAGCUAACCUGCGAUGAAAUGGUGUCAAGGUUGAACCAAGUGUUUUCUAUUUUGUAAGAAGUUGACUCAACACUUUCGCGAUAUCCGGAUUACUAAUAUCAAAGUCCCAUCAGUCAGUUUGUAUCACGGUUCUUCUUAAGAAAUUAACCCUGUUGUACCGAAUGUGAAAAACGUGUUCAACAGAUUAAUGAUUUGCUUACCUUCAAUGUCCAGCUUGGUUCCUUUUUCAAAUAAAAUCUCCCCACAUGUAGCCACAGCACAGUAGUAAGUUCCAUCAUCAGAAGAGCUGACGUUCUUAGAGAAGUGAUAAACACAGCUCUUUGGAGUCGAAUGCAGAUCAGAUUUCUUGUCACAAUCAUCAUAUUUGUUUCUGUCAGUGUAGAUGAUGUUUCCAUCUGAUUUAUCUGGUCCGACCCCAAACAAGUGCACACUGUGAUCACUUGGACAAGUUGUCCUCUGGGAGUCAAUCAGAAGUGAACACUUGAGUCUUAUCAAGUCUGCUGGGUGCACUGGGUGAGAAACUCUCGGCCGCUGAAAUACAGUAAAAUUUGAUGUCCUCUGAAUCUUUUCUGCAAGUACAGAAAACAGUUAACGGUGAAAAGUUGUCUGAACUGUGAAGUUCAAGGAGCAGAGAUGAAACAUCAAAAUAAAAAUGUCAAAGGUCACUAUAGAUGUUAAGAUUGGAAAGGAACAAAGUGUGACACCAAAAGAGAAUAUCACUUGGGAUCUUGACACUACUAGAAACAUAGAGACAUGCCUUACCUUCUAUAGACAAAAUCGUGGCACUCCAAUGAUCCUCACUCCAGGUAGUGAUAGCACAGUGAUACAUUGCCUCAUCCUCUGGGAUUGUCUUCAGAAUAGUCAGAGUGCUAGUGGUUCCAGUACAGUUCACAUUGAAUCGUGAGGACCGAAACCUUUCUUCAAAUGUAGUACUUUUGGUACCUUUUAUCUGAGUGUUCAUUAACACAAGAGUAUCACCAGUGCUCUGUUUGUACCACUUGAUUCGUGCAUUGCUGUAUUCAAAAUCAGGCAAGAGACAUGUUAAGGUGCCAGGUUCACCAAGUUGAACUGUCAUCACUGUGACCAGUGCAUCUGAAUGAAAGACAGUUAAGAAGACAUUUAAAGUUGGUUCUACAAACCGGUCCGGAUUUAUCAUUAAAAAACAAUCACAGUGAAAGAACUAUCUAUAGAAUACCCACAUCAGUAAAAGUACAAAAUAAUUUGAGUAAAAUUUAAAACAAACCAUUUAGAAAAGUGAUCAAUCAUUCCUGACCUACUUAUCAAAAAACAAGGAUAUUUUCUCUAAACUGCUAGAAAAUAAAUAGACAAAUGGACAAAUAUUACUUACAUUCUUUGUGGAUAAGAAGCAGUAUAAUACCAAAAAAGCUCAACAUGAUGUUGUCUCUGAUUAGGAUCUUUGCCGAAGAGAAAUGAGAUGAUAUCUGGAGGUGACUGGCUUAAAAAAAAGCGUAUUUCCUGUCAUGCUGUUCUCAUGAAAAUUGCCUUUUGAGGUUUUGUGGUCGGUCGGAGUAGAAGUAGAAGAGAGCCAGACCAAGCUUUUUAUGUGUUGUCAACAUUGUUGAGCAGUCGAGUGGAGGAGUAUUUUCAAUAGUUAAAUACGCAAUUCUUAAUGAUGAGACUGGAUUUUUGUUACCAAUAUACAGGUCAGAUAAAUGUUCAAUGAGGAAAAAAAUAUUUUGCAUCCUUUGGCAAAUGUCCUUUGUGGGUCCAAAGUGAUUUACAAGACAAACCUUGAAGUAGCACACUGUGUUUGGGUGGAGGCGGUUCUAACUUCUUUAUUUUGAAGAUGAUUACGAGUUAUGUAUAGAUUUGUAUAAUUAAGGUUGUGGCUGAGUUGACUUGCAGGCUGGCACAAUGUAAUUGUUUGCUACCUCAGCUCCACCUCUUUGUCUGUUUCUACACGGACCACAAGUUUGGUUGAGUCAACAAAACCUCUUUACAGAAACCAGUGCAUGAUGACAUUAAGACUAUGUCUAUUUUUUAUACAAUCUAUGCUUCCAAUAAGCAGGGCUGCCCCUGACCAGUGUCUUUACAGGGAGUGCAAUGGGAUGCCACAGUACGUAUGGGACACAGCUUGGAUGAGUGAUCACCACAAAACUUAGCCCAUACCUUGGGCCAUCACAAAAUGAUAACAACCACUCCCGACUCUGUGCCGUUCGGUCUUUAGGGCUCAAAAUAACCUUUUCUUGAAAGUUGUGUGUAGCAUUAGUAUAAUGUAAAUCCAGAAACUCAGCUGUAACUUUAGUCUUGUAAGUCAAACAGUUCUGAAAUUUGGCAUGGAAACAUAAAAUACGUAAAAUAAGAUUCUGUAGAUUGCUGCCUCUAAAUCAAAACAUCAGUGAAUAGAGAUGGAGCAUUAAAACAUCGCCGCCCCUCAGUGAGUUUCAUAGACUUGUGAUCUUCAACAAGAGCAGAAAAGAUUGUUGUUCAUGGACAGUUUUAGGUAAGACAUCACCUAUGACUGUAAAGUGAUGGACGAGGCAUCUUGUAACACAGUAUACUUAGAAAAUGUGUCAACAAACCAAAAGUGUGGUCGUCUCUUUGACCACAUCCACAACGGAUAUGGCUGUGUGUAUAAAGUAGGACACCAAUGAAAAACAUACCUCUGUGUUAAGCUUUGUUUCUCUUCUUGGAAAGGGGGUAAAACCGACCAUCAAGAUACCGCCUAGUGGACCAAUCACAAGGCUUGCAGUGGUUUCAUUUUGACGCGUAGUUACAUCUGGGAGGUGGUGCACAUAAGGCUUCUGCAACAAAAAAGGGCUAAGCAGACCUACAGAGUCGUCUAUGGCAUCGUUUCGAUGCAGAAGUAUAAAAACAGCUUAAAGAUCUAAAUGAAGAAAUGUACAUUUGUCCAUUUUUGGAGUCAUUUCAUUUUCCUUUUUAUAAUGAUAAUACAUGUUUGGAUAUAGAAAGGUGUUGUAUGGGAUUUUGCUGUUGCAUUGCUGUUAAUAAUGGGCUGUAGUGGGAUUCUGAAGCAGUUGGUUUUCUUCAUGCAUUACAUUUAUGAACUAUAUUCAAGCCCCAUGUAUAAAAUUGAAGUGUCUCUCUGGAACAAUGUUUUCACUUACAUGAUGUCUUUUAUUCCUUAUGUAGGUACACAGUUUUUUCUGUGGCUUAUUGAACAUGUAAUUGCUCUUCUUAUUGACUGUUAACUUGAAAUAUCAUUAGACUAGUGAAUUAAACUGUAAUAUUG